UCCGGGAGACAGCGGCUGGAAGGCCGCCUCCCGCGGUGUGGGUUGGGCAACCCGCCGGGAGCUCGUGGCUGCUCCCGGAGUGCCCCCGCGGCGCCAGCGGGAGGGCGGGCUCUCCCCUCAGACGGAACGUUCUCGCAGGUGUUCGGGUUCCCUCCCCUCUUCUCGCGCGCAGCAGCCCGUGACCCUUUUUGUACCCCCACUUACAUGCUCCCCAGCGUCGCUGCCUGGAUUCUCUCAUCGAGCCACGGGUACGGUCGCUGAUGCAGGUGUUGGAAGUACAGCCAGGCACACGGCAGGGAGCCUGAAGAGACCGACCGUAGUGCCGAGUCACUUACCAUGUUGGAAAGUGGUCAAGUGCUGCCGAAAGCCAGAGGAAAGGGAAAGCCAGGAAAAACAGGUGUGAGACCACAGCUGGCCCAAUGCUGCUGAUGAGCCUCAAAUCCAGGGCAUUGUGUCACACACCAGGCCAACAGCAGCUGCACUGUGGGUCAGCAAGGGCCCUCUGGCUGGCAUCCACCAGGCCACCUCAAAACAUGUUGCCUGGGCAAAGUCGGAACUGACUCUGGAAGUUUGACCCAAGCAGCUGGGAAGAAUCUGGACACGGUGGAAGACCAUAAAGAAAGCUGGGUAAAAAGAUGCAGCAGGUGAUAGCAUCACAUGAGCAUCCAGGACCAGCGCUGCUGUGGAUCCCUGGUGCCCAGCCCCUGCAGGAAAAAGCCCUGCUGAGCCCUCAGCAUCCAGCUGCUGCCAGAGAUGGAAGCUGGGGAGCCGGAACCCGGCCGAGAGAGGAGCCCAGGGCGACCACAGCCAGGAGCCGGGCCUGGGGAAGCAGUGGCUCCCACGCCCUCCCUGCAGACACAGCCCCGCCACAGCCACCUGCUCACCUCCCAAAUCAGGACUGCACGGCUGCACUGCCCCGGGACCCGCUGACCUCCCUGACCUUUGAGGACGUGGCUGUGCACUUCAGCAGCCCAGAGUGGCGGUGUCUGAACCACACGCAGAGGCUCCUCUACACAGACGUGAUGCUGGAAAACUAUGGGAACAUGUUGGCGGUGGGUUCUGCUUUCCCUAAACCUCCUCUGAUUUCCCAGCUGGAGCAAGGGGCUGAGCCCUGCCUUCCGGACCAGGGGAUCCUGAGCUGCUUCCCAGUAUCACCUGACAAGUCCCGGCCUGGGAAUGAGAAGGCUAGUUCGGAACAGGAGGUUUUGGAGAGUGGGAACGUCUGCAGGGUCGUUCAAGUCAGACCUCUCCUGGAAGUCCUGUCCCGGGAUCCUGAGGCUGGAGCGGCUUGUGUGCAGGAGGCCAAGUUAAAGAACCCGCGAGACACGCCGGGGAAGGAAACACUGGGGGAAGACAAGGUGGCCUGCGAGGGCGGAAAGACCCAGAAGGUCCUCAGAAAAAACUCCAGUCUACCCUCCAAGCAUGUCCCACUUGAGGGCGUCCUUACAGAGCGGACACCCCACGAAUGUGCCGAGUGUGGCAGGACCUUCAGCUGGCGCUCCGACUUGAUUCUGCACCUGCGCCUGCAUUCUGGAGAGAAGCCCUACGUGUGUAACCAGUGCAGGAAAGCGUUCAGGACCAGAAAGCAGCUCUCCGUGCACCGGAUCAUCCACACAGGGGAGAGACCCUUCGACUGUGGCCAGUGUGACAAGGCCUUUAACAGCAGGUCGGCACUGUGCCGGCACAGAAGAGUGCACAGCGGGGAGAAGCCCCACGGCUGUGGCGCCUGUGGGAAGGCCUUUGAGACCAGGAGCCGGCUAAGUCUGCACCAGCUGGUGCACAACGGGGAGAGGCCACACGCGUGCGCAAUAUGCGGGAAGGCCUUCCAGCUCAAGCACAGCCUCACCCUGCAUGCCAGGAUGCACAGCGGGGAGCGGCCGUACGGCUGUGAGCAGUGCGGGCGCGCCUUCCGCGGAAGCUCGGACCUCAGCAAGCACCGCAGGGUGCACACCGGAGAACGGCCCUAUGAGUGCAGCCAGUGCGGGCAGACCUUCCGCCGCAGCUCCGACCGCAGCAAGCACGCCAGGACACACGCGCAGGGGGAGGCCCGGCGGUGCCCACGCUGCGGACAGGCCUUCGGCAGCCCAGCAGAACUCGCCAGGCACCGGCUGGGCCACGCCUCGGACAGGCCGUACGCGUGCCGGGAGUGCGGCAGGUCCUUCCGCCACGACUGCCGGCGCCGGGCGCACGAGAGGGCGCACGCCGGGGAGCAGCCCUACCCGUGUGCGCGCUGUGGGAAGGCCUUCCGGGACCGCCACUGCCUGGCCGUCCACCAGAGGGUGCACACCGGCGAGAGGCCGUAUGCCUGCGCCGAGUGCGGCAAAGCCUUCAGUGGCAGGUCCAACCUGGCCAACCACCAGCGGACCCACACUGGCGAGCGGCCGUACACCUGCCAGGUGUGCGCCAGGGCCUUCCCGCAGCGCUCUGGCCUGAGGCAGCACGCGCGCAUCCACACCGGCGAGAAGCCCUACGGCUGCCGGGAGUGCGGCCGGUCCUUCCGCCAGCGUGCGGCCCUGCUGGGGCACCAGCGCGUCCACACCGGCGAGAAGCCCUACAAGUGCGAGCAGUGCGGGAAGGCCUUCAGGGUGAGUGCCAAUCUCACCGGACACAAGAGAAGGCGGCACCGGGCACAGAGAGCCCACCGACUGGAGGGCAGUGGGACAGGCCUCUCCUCAUAGCUACUGUUUGACCGGACACUUGGGGAAGCCAGCCUGCCUGCUUCUUCCUGAUGCCUGACCCCUGACUGAGGUCCUAGAGCCUGACCUUCCUGAUCAGCAUUGGAGGAGGAGGAGUGCAUCUACUGCCCAGGCCUUGCCAAUCAGGAACAGUAAUGCUAAAUAGUGUUUUCCACGUGCCAACCUCCUUUCUAAGGGCUUUGCCAUUUUAACUCAUUCAAUCCAUAACAUCCCUAGAGGAUGAGGAAAUUAAGGCAGGAAAAAUGAGACUCACGCAGGGUCACUUGACUAGUAAGUUCUGCACAGAUGCCUGCUGCACACUCCCUUUUGCACCACACCUCUUAGCCUACAACUCAUUUCGUGGAGCAUGUUUUAGUUGAUAAAAUAUUAAUGAUUUGUAGCAAGGUU